AUGCUCAUCAAGACUAGCUAUCACGACGUCCCGUCCAAGCUCGACCCCAACGGCAACAAGAUCAGGAUCUUCGUAAUCUCCCCGAACCUCCCUAGCUAUCCCCAUGCCAAGUUCCCAGGUGUCGUUGUUUUCAGCGAGAUCUACCAGGUCACUGGUCCGGUCGAGCGGUUCGCGGGACAGAUCGCCAGCCAAGGAUAUGUAGUAGCGUGCCCAUCGUCAUUCCACGAGUUUGACGGCCCCGAGCCCAUUCCAUACGACACAGAAGCUACGGGCAUGUGUCUCGGCGGGCACCUCGCCUUCCGAGCAGCUUUCGACCCCCGCAUCCUCUCCUCCGUCUGCUGGUUCGCGACCGACGUUCACAGCGCGACCCUCGGCAAGGGCAAGAACGACGACUCCCUCGUCCGCGUCCGCAACGGCGACCUGACCGGCAAGGAGCUCGUCAUGGUCUUCGGUAAACAGGACACCCACGUCCCCCGAGCUGGCCGCGACUUCAUCCGCAAGACGCUCGAAGACGCCAAUGUCACCGUCUCCUUCUUCGAAGUGCAGGCGCAGCACGCCUUCAUCCGCGACCAAUCAUCCAAGGACCGCUGGGACGCCGCACUGACUCGCUCGCUCUUUGGGGUGAUGAUGGAGGUCUUCGAGCGCACGGUAGCCAGGGACCUUGGCCCCAAGGAAGGCACGAGUGGGGAAUUGGAGCACGUCUGCUGAAGAGAAUGUAGGAUUCUGCGUCCAGGAC